UCCGUUGUCGAGCAAGAAUCGAGUGCUCCUCAACCACCAUAUACCUCAAAAUCUAUUUAUUCUUCGCAGCUUAAUCGCCGGCCGUUUACCGGUCACUUAUCUUCGCCGGAAUUAUUCCGAAUUUCCAAUCGGAAGAUCGCCUGUACAAAUUCAUGCAGUUAUCGAAGGCGAUGAGGACUUUGCCUCUCACUUGUGUGGUUCGACCUCCCAGUACGUGAACACUAUUACUAUACACAAAAGGGAUUACCUUUUGCAAAAAGUGUCCCAGUUUCGGAGAUUAUUGGUCUGCAUUUGCUUAAUUUUGGCAUUGAUAGUCAUUGAAGAAGAAAAUGCAAAAUGUCUUUCCAGAAUAAAGGAUUUUGGAUGGCACCGGGUGGUGGACAUUUAACUGAUGGGGAUGCAGCAUUUGAUAAUAUGUCCAAAAUUGAACCAAAGCGUUCUCAUCAAUGGUUUACUGAUUCUACUGAACCAGAGUUAUUCCCCAACAAGAAGCAAGCUGUACAGGUUUCAAAUUGCAAAUCGACCUCAGGAAUUUUUAAUGCAAAUGCUCCUCCUUGGGAGAAUGCGUCCAGUUUCCAAUCAGUCCCAAACCAAUUCAUUGACCGGCUAUUUGGAUCUGAUACAACGAGGCCUGUCAAUUUUAUUGAAAGAAAUGUUUCUCCUGCUGGAAUAGACAACUCAAAUAUGAGAAAAAAGAGUGUAAAUGAACAAUUUAGAAAUGAUCCAUCUGUUGGUUUGUCUGUAUCUCCUAUCAUGGAAGACCCAGAAACAUGUCUCAGCUAUGGUGGAAUUAGAAAAGUUAAGGUCAAUCAGGUUAAGGACUUUGAGAAUGCUCUGCAUGAACCAAGGGAAUGUAGUAGUGGCACAUCCAUGGGUCAGGUAUAUAACAGGGGGAUAGAAACCAGUUUUAUCUCAAUGGGGCAAGCCUACAGUAGGGAAGAUGAUAGUGUCAUGUUAAUGGGCCGCACCUAUAAUGGAUCCAUGGGUUCCACCUCUGAAAAAGGAGAUAACAAUACAUUAGCGAUUGGUCACACCUAUAAUAAGGGAGAGAUAAAUUCAGUAUCUUUUGGUGGCUUUCAUGAGGAUCCUGAAAUUGACCUAUUAGCCCGUCCCAUAAGCAGCUAUGGCUUGUUGUACGGUCAAUCUUCAGUUGAGAAAUCAGAAACACCCAGCAAAAAGGAGUUGGAUGCAUCAAAUACCCAGAGUGUUGUAAAUGCUUCCCAACCAGCUAAAGCCAGAACAGAGCCUGUGUCCAAGAAUAAGUUGGAGCUGAAAAUGGCUAGGAAAGAAGCUCCAAACAGCUUUCCUUCAAAUGUCAGAAGCUUGAUAUCAACCGGUAUGCUUGAUGGAGUGCCUGUGAAGUAUGUUUCUGUGUCACGAGAGGAACUCCGUGGAAUUAUAAAAGGUUCUGGCUAUCUUUGCGGGUGCCAAACAUGUAAUUACUCCAAGGCACUCAAUGCUUAUGAGUUUGAGCGUCAUGCUGGUUCCAAAACAAAGCAUCCUAAUAAUCAUAUAUACUUCGAAAAUGGGAAGACUAUCUAUCAGAUAGUCCAGGAGUUAAGGAGCACCCCCCAGAGUUCUUUGUUCGAUGCAAUACAAACUGUGACUGGUUCACCAAUUAAUCAAAAAUCCUUCCGCAUCUGGAAAGAGUCAUUUCAAGCAGCAACUCGUGAACUUCAGCGUAUCUACGGGAAGGAAGAACUGAAUUUAUAAUAGCAGUGCAGUGAGCCUCCAAUCAAAAUGGUAGAAAAUUGUAAAUUAUGUACUCUUGUAUGUAAUGCUGAUUAGUAUGGCCAAAGUGGUGCGUGUUUUCUUUUUAAUAAUUUCGCAUACAGCUAAUGUAAUGUUAAAUUUGAAAUUGUUAUAAUGGUUUGUUAGGAUUGAGUUCUUUUUGACUAUAACUUAAUAGAAAAUGAGUGUUCUCUUCUCA